CACGAGCUGUACUGACAUUGUCAGACACCAAAACACUUCACGAAAAAAUAAGUCUGUUUGAAGGGACGACAGGAGACUGACGAGCAUGGACACAACAUCGACAUUUAUCAAAUCUGUGACCAAGCGAGUGUGGUCUCCUCCACAGCGGCCCUUCAGAGUGUGCUGUCACCACAGGGAGACCAGGAAGGGCAUCACAGCUGGGACCCUGGAGGAGCUGAAAGAGAGGGUGUGCCAGGCCCUGCUGCUGUCCCUGUCUGCACUGUCUCUGUCUCUGGUUUGUGAGGAGGACGGCACGGAGGUGGACUCCGACGAGUUCCUCAUGACGCUGCCUGACAACACCACGCUCAUGGCCCUGGAGCCUGGACAGACGUGGAGACCACAGCCGGGUGCGGUCGUGUCCAGGUCUCAAGACCGCGACAAGCCUCGGACCGGGAGAGACAUCGCACGUGUCACCUUUGACCUCUACAGGAUGAGCCCAAAAGACGUCUUUGGCUCGCUGAGUGUGAAGGCCACGUUUCAGGGUCUGUACUCUGUGAGCGCCAACUUUCAGUGUCUGGGGCCCAAGAAAGUCCUCAGAGAAGCCCUGCGUGUAGCCUCCACCCUCCUACAUGCCGCUGGACACCUGCUUAUCACUUCCGCCUCCAUGAUUCGACGCAUUAUCGAAGGCGCUGAUCUUUGGCAGCCACAGCGGACAGAAUACAGCGCCAGCUGGAACUGACGGGCCCGAGAGAUACAUAUUCAGCUGUAACAUCUGAUAUCAUUGACUGAAAGAGUUACUAAGGUGUUUUUAAACCCGAAUUCUGUUUUCCAAUGUUUUUGUGUCAAAGUGACUGAAAGUGAAGUUAAAGAGAAUAUAGAAAAUCAGCUCUGAAAUUGCUAUUGUCAAACCCACCAGACUCCAUAUAAAAAAUCAGUUAUUUUACAAUCCUAAAAACACUUCAUUCAAAUUUAUCAGAAACAAAAUAAAACUCACAAAGACCCGUCUUGGUUCGUCUUUCCGCUGUUCCAACAAUCACAAACUCUGGCUUGAUUGAAAUAAAGCCUCAAUUCAGCCGGUGAGAUGUGAGAAUAUGCUGGCUCCAUGCACGCUAAAAUGACUUUUUUAUUUAUAUGGAGUCUGGUGGGUUUGCAAACAGCAAACUCUGGCUGUUUUCUGGGAUAUUACUCUUAAAGAAAAGGGCUUUUUUGGCAGAACCAUCUGUUAAGGUGGUAUCUGUCAAUGUUAACAGCAAUAGUCUUAUGCGGGGUGAUUGUAUGACUGUGUACCUUAUUCUCCCUUAAAUAUCUUGACUUUUCAGGUUAUGAACAGACAAAAAAUAAUGGUAACGAUUGAGUGCUAGAAAAUGUCUUAAGUUUUAUAGGGUUAUUGUGCAAUAUAUUCUUCAUAAUACUCAAAGAAUAUACUUUAUUUUUGUUAAUUUUUUUGUGUGAAUUUUGCAUUUGCAGUAGUGUCAUCUUGUUAGUGGAAUAUACAGUAAGUUUCUUAAAAAAUAUCGAUAUUUGAUACCAUUUUCAAAACCACAGGGAUAUUAAAGAUUGAGGGCAAAAACAUUUAAUUCUUUACUUUAACAGCAGAGAACAGCAGAACGACUGUUAGAAACAGUAAUGAGACAGCAAGGCUUUGCAGCUGGUACUGAUGAAUCAAUACUGUGGAAAAUGAGUAUUACAACUAUAUUAAAUAUUCAGAAUCGA